AUGUCAUCCACCGAAACAAAAGAUGAACAGGAAUCACUUGAAAUCGAUGAGCUGGAACAACUUUUACUUGAUGCGGAAUCGGAAGAAAAACAGCUGUGCAGGGGAGAAAUUAUUUUAUCUGAGCCAUCCUCUUCAAAAACUGGAGUGGUGAAACGAAAAACUUUAUCUAUAGCCGGAUCUACUUUUCUUAAAGACUUGACGCAGGAAAGUAACAGUGACGGGCCAUUAUCUAAGCAGUCCAAGCUGUCCAGCGUGGUACACAAGGGGGACACGGAUUCGUCCGACGAUGAAGAUGUUCGAAAUUUUCUAGCACGAAAGUAUGACGAAUACGGUCAAGGUAUCAACGCACUGUUGAAACAAAAAGAAGAACAGAAAAUUGAUUUUGAGGUUUCUAAUUUUGUCAAUCGAGCUAUAAAAAAAGCAGACGAAGAUGUUGCUCGAAUACCUCAAAAAGCGGAGCCUGUAAAGAAACAUAGUUUGACGCAGGAUAUCCGUCCUUUCUUUGGGGCUGCAAAAGUCGAUAACCCCGUUCAAGCUUCGAAAAAUACAAUUCCAGAUAUUUUUAAAAGUAGCGUUUACACUGAUCCAGUGUUCGGUAUUCGUAUAGUGCAUCCACUAGUGUCCAGUACAGUUCUACAAGAACGAAUGCAAGGACGUAAGGCAGUACCUAUGGUACGUCUUAAGUAUCAUAUCGAGAAUGGUAAUCUGAAGGAAGAUUGGGCACUGGCGGGGGUUGUCUUGAGCAAAAGUCCAACAAAAACUACAGCCAAAGGAGGACAGUUUGCCAUUUGGAAAUUAAGUGAUCUUCACGGUGAAAUCAAAGUGAUAAGUUUGUUUCUGUUUUCUCAAGCGUAUAAAGAUCUGUGGAAAACAGCAGAGGGCAUGGUUAUCUGCAUUUUAAAUCCAGGUGUGCUUGAGCGAAAUGAUGACAAAAAUUCAGUCGCAACACUGUCGAUUGAUAAGUCAUCAAAAGUUAUGAUUUUGGGACAGUCGAAGGAUAUGGGAACUUGUCGCAGUAAAAAGAAAAACGGAGAAAAAUGUACGGCUUUUGUAAAUUUGAGCGAAUGUGAAUACUGCGUUUAUCACGUCAAACAGGAGUACAAUAAGGCAUGCAAUCGGGGAGGACUAAUCUCAUCGACCGCUGGGCGGGGCUUGAAUGAACUUAGGAAUAAAGUUCUUGGGAAGAAUGAGGUAUUUUAUGGUGGUCAAAGUUUUACUGCAGUAAAAGCAACUAAAAAUCCCAAACAAGUGCAAAAGGAUAAAGAUCGUCUCAUGACACUCUCUGAAUACUAUCAGUCGCCAUUUCAGGGAAGCAGCUCUGGAGGAAGUGCUAACCCACAAAGAAAUUCAACCUCCACACCUUCUUAUCGUCAGCAGCAACAGAAUGUUCCCAAGAAACGAGCGGCAUCUGGGUUGGAAACAAAUAUAAAGCAACGCGAGAAGGAUAUCGAACGACUGAAACAGUUAGAUAGUGGUUCAACGGCAGUUUCUACUCCUAUGAAUACUCUACAGAAAAUCACGCCUAAGGAGAACCCCAAAGAAGCAUCAUUAGCACCCCGUUUAGUAGCUUCUAACGGAUUUGAGAACCGAUCGUUUAGUUCAGAAACAAAAGCAGCUCCCCGCUUAAGUACCGGUAACUUCGUAAUCGAUUUGGGCGCUUCCCCGAAACAAGCUCUUCAUUCGCGACAGAAAGCGUUGGAAAUUUUGAAAAAGAAACCUUUAGAAAAAUCUAACCCCAAUUUUAUCAAACAUCGUGGUACUGAAACAGGUAAGAAACGUGCCUUAGAACAGAUAUCAGCAAUAGACGAUUCUGAAUCGGACAAUAACGCUAAAAAGCGAAAACUAGACGAAAAAGAACAAAAGCGAAAAGAAUGGAUUCAAAAAAUCAUGAAUACAUCAUCGUCUCACACUGAUCUAAUCCAAGCUCACGAAGACGAACAACAGGAGAAGUAUUUCAAAGAUCUUGAACGCAAAGAAGCAAUGGAGGAAAAAAUGAUGAAUACGUUCAAAGUUGCAUGUAAAGCUGUCAUCUGUACGCGCUGCAAAUAUAUAGCCUUUUCGGCAGCAGAUCGUUGCAAGGAGGAGCAACACGAGUUGCGUGUUCGGGAUGUUGAGAAACGGUUUUUCAAAUGUGCAGAUUGUGGCAACCGAACUGUUUCCUUGCAUCGGUUGCCGAAAACCUCGUGCCGCAAUUGUCAAAGUUCACGCUGGGAACGCUGUGCGAUGAUCCGGGACAAGAAGAGCUCACAACCUGGAGCAGGUCUAUCUAUUCGUGGCGAUGAAGAAAAGUUUCUGGGAAGCUGCGCCAAUGCUGCCAAUUUGAAUUUACUAGUGCCCGACGAAGGGUGUUAG